AUGAUUUCAUUCAAAAUGAUUAAUUUUAACUUUAAUCUUCUGCAUAUUUGCUUACUAUCAAUUGUUUACUGUACUGAAGAUGCCAAUCGUUUAUUCGAAGAUUUAUUAGUUAAUUAUAAUAAACUUGUUCGACCAGUGGACAAUAAAACGGAUGCAUUGAUUGUUCGUUUUAAAUUAAAAUUAUCACAAUUACUUGAUGUGCAUGAAAAGAAUCAAAUUAUGACGACAAAUGUUUGGCUUCAACAUACAUGGACUGAUGUCAAACUGAAAUGGAAUCCGGAAGAGUAUGGCGGAGUGAAUGCAUUAUAUGUUCCAUCUGAUAUGAUUUGGAUUCCGGAUAUUGUACUUUACAAUAAUGCUGAUGGAAAUUAUCAAGUAUCAUUUUUAACAAAAGCUAAAUUAUCACCUAAUGGUACUGUGGAAUGGUCACCACCAGCAAUUUACAAAAGUAUGUGUCAAAUUAACGUAGAAUGGUUUCCAUUCGAUGAGCAAACUUGUGAGAUGAAAUUUGGUUCAUGGACAUACAGUGGCUUAGAAGUUGAUUUAAAGCAUAAAGAUUCGAAUAUUGAACGAAAAGUAGAUGAAAUAGCAUUUGGAAUUAAUGGCGAAUAUAUUGAAACAGUUUGGAUUGUUGAUCAAGGUAUUGAUUUAAGUGAUUAUUAUCCAAGCGUUGAAUGGGAUAUACUCGGUGUAACUGGUAAACGCCAUGAAAUUAGAUAUUCAUGCUGUGAAUCACCAUUCAUUGAUCUCACCUAUGAAAUUCAUCUUCGACGAAAGACAUUAUUCUACACAGUGAAUCUCAUUUUUCCAAUUGUUGGAAUUAGCUUUCUUACAGCAUUAGUAUUUUAUUUACCAUCUGAUGGUGGUGAAAAGAUUUCAUUUUGCAUAUCAAUUCUUAUCUCAUUAACUGUAUUCUUUUUAUUACUUGUUGAAAUAACUCCACCAACUUCACUGGUAAUUCCAUUAAUUGGAAAAUAUUUGCUAUUCACAAUGGUUCUUGUCACUUUAUCAGUUAUUGUUACUGUUAUCACUUUGAAUGUCCAUAAUCGAACACCAACAACGCAUGUAAUGCCGCAAUGGGCUAAAAAAUUUUUCAUCCAAUGGUUACCCAAAUAUUUAUGCAUGCAACGACCAACACAAAUACGAAUUGAAUUAUCACCAACAACUGAUAACAGCGAAUCAAAUAUAAUCAUAACAAAACGAUCACAAUUAUCACAAACACAACCAUACAGAAAUCAAACAACGAUAUUGUCAACAUCAUUUGAACCUGUGCUAUAUAAGGAACAUUUCCUUCGUCCAAAAAGUGUUUUGUCUAAUUUUCCGGAACAAUUCGGAAAUUUCAAACGUAAACAUCAGAAACUGACAGUGUUACAAAGUGCCGUUGAUAACGUCGCAUUUAUUGCUAAUCAUUUAAAAGAUAAUGAAAGCAAACAGCAGAUAAUUGAAGAUUGGAAAUAUAUGUCAAUGGUGUUGGAUCGAAUAUUUUUAAUUUUAUUUACAUCAGCAUGUACAAUUGGUAGUGCUAUUAUUAUUCUUCGUGCGCCAACUAUUUAUGAUAGGACAAUUGCGCUAGCAUAA